AUGAGUGAUAAAUCAAAUGCACUCGGUGCCCCGAAAACAAGUUCUCAAACCAAAGGCAAGAAGACGAGAGAAGAGAUAUUGGCGGGUUUCGAAAAUGAUCUUCUCCGUUUCGAAUCUAUGUCUAUUAAGAUUGUAGGUUUUGAUGAACCGUUGGAGUUUUCUAGAACUAUGGACCCAAUGCCUCAAAAACUCCAUUUCAUUAUUCCUGAAUAUUCAAUCUAUAAAUUGACUAUAAGAUAUAAAGUGAAAGCGAGACCAUUGAGAGUGUUAAGUUACCAUCAAACAAUAAAAAGAAAAGGUAUACCUGUAGAUGAUAGAAAUUUGCCUAUGAUUGAAGACGCGUGGGUGAACAAACAUGGUGAUGAUGAAGAUUUUCACGAAGUAACCUUCCCUCCAUCCGGUGUUCCAGGCGGAUCCUUUUUAAGAGGCGAUUAUAAGGCUAAGAGCAUAGUUAAAGAAGAAGGUAAACCUAUAUGGAGUUACAAGUGGACAUUAGAAGUGGUAAAGAAAGGUACUAAACCUGCAAUUGGUGGAUUUGAAGUUGACGAUGACGAUGAAGAUUAUGAAGAUAAUUAA